AUGACCUCUGCUCAACUCACUCUUGCUGGUAUUGGUGUCCACUGCGGAACUAGGGCGGAUGCCACGCUUUCAGACUGUAAGGCUCUUCUGAACAACGACGCGACUUACUCAAACUCUGACAGCGGUGUCAUCAACACUGUGGCAUAUAACACUGCAUGCCAUGGGAAUUGCUGCAUCUACUAUGCCAGUAUGGUCGGAAACACACCUAACGAGGCACAGACACGAGCAGAUGCUCAAGGCCUUCUUGGUAUCAAUGGUUUGGACUUCUUCGAGGAUGGCCGCGGCGUUUGCAUCAGUAACGGAAAUGGUUGCGGUGACUGCUUUGAUGACGCCGACUUUUCCGGGGGAUGUGCGAUUUGCUAG